AUGAAAAUGUCUAAAUGGGGCGUUUUCCUGGCAGGUUGGAUCGUUAUCCUGUUUGGCGCGGGGCUCGCGCACUUCAUCCAGACAUCUUCUGAUGUCACGAUCAAAGAUAUUCGUUUUCAAAGUGCAAACGGCAACACGCUGAGCGCACUGUUGUAUCUGCCUGCCAGCGCCACCGCUGACAACAAAGCCCCUGCCAUCCUUGCCGUACACGGUUAUAUCAAUUCACGUGAAGUGCAAUCCGGAUUCGCUGUUGAGUUUGCCCGACGCGGCUAUGUUGUUCUCGCUUUGGACCAGACCGGCCACGGUUAUUCAGACCCUCCCGCCUUCAGUGAAGGAUUCGGUGGACCGGAUGCACUGCGAUACCUGCACGCGCUGGACAUGGUGGAUACGGAAAAUAUCGGCCUGGAAGGACACUCGAUGGGUGGCUGGGCAGUGCUUGCCGCAGCUGCAGCCAUGCCUGAUGGCUAUCGCUCUAUUGUCCUGCAGGGUUCAAGCACAGGCCCUCCGUUUGCGGCUGACGGUACACCCACCUGGCCACGAAAUCUGGCGGUUGUAUUCGCUCAAUUCGACGAGUUUGCUGAACUUAUGUGGGGUGUGGCCCGCGCACAGGACAUUAAUCAGAGCGCCAAACUACAGACUCUGUUUGGCACCGAUAAAGACGUUCUGGCAGACACCCUGUACGGCAACAUCGAAGCCGGUACAGGGCGUAUGCUGAUGCAGCCAUCAGUCACUCAUCCAGGCAACCACCUUUCACAUGAAUCCAUCGCUGAUGCAUUGGACUGGUUCUCGCAAACCCUGACGGGAGGGCAGGAUCUGCCGUCAUCAAAUCAGAUCUGGUUUUUCAAGGAAAUCGGUACGCUGAUUGCGUUUAUUGGACUGGUUGUUCUCAUUCUUGGCAGCCUGCGUCUUUUUCUCAACCUCGAAUUCUUCAGCAGCCUGGCAGGCUCAACCGGUGAGGCAGCGUUCAGCCACCGAAACGUAAAGUGGUGGUUGCUGGCUACCCUGAGCGCUUUCUUGCCGGUCUUUACCUUUUACCCACUUUUCUCCUGGGCGGAGGCUUUGUUUCCACCCAACACCUGGUUUGCCCAAGGUAUAACCAAUCAGAUUGUGCUCUGGGCAUUGGUCAACGCGGCUUUCGCGACGGCAAUCAUGAAAAUGACGGCUACCGCGGCGCGACACAACGCCGAGUUACCCGGACGCAGCUUAGCGCUUGGAUGCCUUACCGCUGGUGUGGCGUACCUUACGGUCAUCGUCGUGGAUGUGGUGUUCACCGUUGAUUUCCGCUUCUGGUUUGUAGGCCUUAAAACCUUGAGCCUGCAACAGUUCCAGCUGGCGCUGAUCUACGUUGUACCCUUUCUCAUUUACUUCAUCGGCGUGCUCAGGCCCCUGCACUUAGGCAUGAGCGUAAACGGGGAUGGAUGGCUGACACUCUACACAGCCAACGCGCUGGCGAUGAUGGGCGGUUUCCUGUUAUUUCUGAUGGCUCAAUAUGGUUAUCUUUUCAGCGCGGGCACACUGCUGACACCAGGCGAACCACUGAACACCAUUGUAAUGAUCCAGUUUGUGCCCCUGCUUCUGAUCGUCGCCAUUAUCAGCACCUAUGCCUUCCGUCGGACGGAACGAGAAGACAUGAACACGACGCUGUUUCGGCAAUCGGUCUGGGUCGCUUUAUUUGCCAUCGUUUUACUCUGGUCAGGCAUCGGGCCUCACGACUAUCCAACCUGGGUCCUGGAAGUAGGACCGGCGAUCAUCGCUGCAGCGGUGCUAUGGUACACCCGGGAAUCCUUUCCCCUGACACCACUGACAUAUGUCCUCAUCCUGACUCACUGCAUUAUCCUCAUGGUUGGCGGACAUUACACCUACGCCAAAGUCCCUUUGUUCGACUGGAUCGCUGAAGUCUUCAACAGCGACCGCAACAACUACGACAAGCUGGGACACUUUGUACAAGGUUUUGUACCCGCUAUUGUUGCGCGGGAAAUUCUGAUCAGAAAAGCCGUUGUUAACGGCGAUCGCUGGAGAGCCUUUCUGAUUAUCUGUUUUUGCCUUGGCUUCAGCGCGUUUUAUGAACUCAUCGAAUGGUGGGAAAUUGGCAGCGUUGAUACCAAAUUCAAGCUCAUCGGGCCAGAUCACAAAAUUGUCGUCGACGCUUUUGACGACAGUAAGGUUGAAGGCGUUGCCUGUCAUAUCAGCCGUGCGGUAACGGGUGGACUUAAAGGUGCCGUCGGACUGGCUGAAGACACAUCAGAUGCUUCAAUUUCCUGCCGUCAGGUCGGUCCAAUUACCUUCAAAGAUUCGUUGGAAAAAGGUGAGCAGGUGUUUACCGAACGGCGCUCAGUGCUUUUCAAACAGUUGCAGGUUGUUCGAUUCUGCGAUGAAACGAGAAAUACGCUGGUCUACCUGGCCUACAGUGACAGGAUCGUCGACGGAUCACCGCAAAAUGCCAUAUCAACCGUACCCAUCACGCCAUGGUCUGGUGCUCAGACACCACCACGCUGCAACGACGAGUAG